AAACGUUCCAUGCACUUUUUUUCUUGCUAUCAAAGGUGAAUUCUCUUAUCUUUGCUAAAAUGCCCACAGCUUGUAUUGCAAUUGGCUGCUCCAACGUAAGUACGUUGAAAAGAACACGCUGGGUUUCGUUUUAUAGAUUACCAAUCGAAGACAAACAACUUUUGCAAAGGUGGUUGGUGAACUUGAAGAGAACAACGCUUCCUUCACGCUUGGACAGAAGCUACGUUUGCUCAGAUCACUUCGAACCAGAGUGCUUUGGUAGAGACAUAAGGGCAGAGCUAAUGGGCAAGAGGCCAAAGCCACCACUGUUAAAAGGAUCAGUUCCUACAUUAUUCAGUUACAACAAUUUUAAGUCCAAAAUAAAGAAAAGAGUUGUAAGUGAAGAGCGAAAAAAGAGAAAAGAAAAAGAGGAGGUGUUGAAAGAAUUACUCGGACCACACUUUUACAUGAAGCCAUCAGCGCCACCGAAUACACAAGUUGUGAAGCGAGAGUCCCCGAUGGAGCUUGAAGAUGUGGACAAUAAAUUUAGCAUUCAGUCUCUUCUGCCUGAGUUUGCUUGCGCAUGCGCUUACAACAGCGAUACUUGCACUGAUACCGACCAAACCCGAACAUCUUACGAACAUGACGUAAGCAUCAGCAAAGAACAGAUCCCAACAGGCACCGAAAGUAACUUAGGUACUGUUAACGAGCAAGCUCAAACAGAAACCGGAAUUGAUGUUAGUACCAACCACGAGCAACUUCCAACAGAUACUCAAGAAUUGCUUACAUUACCCAGUAUUUGCAACGGAAAAAAAUCAUCCAACGGCACUAUGAUCACUUAUAACAUGAACGCAACCCAGGGGCAAACGGAAAAAUGGGUAAUUGUUCUGUUGAAGUGCAAAGAAGGUACCCGUGUGAAAAUGAACUUUGGACGAAUCUUGAAUCGGCAAAACAAACCUAGCACUUCAGAAGCUUCGUGCCAAACUGAAGAAGAGCUUGUAAUGGAAGUAGAAAAACCCUCCAAGGUGUCGGUCCAGACACAAUGGGACAAGGAUGAUUUUCUUCCAAAUCUUGAGCUCGUCCAACGUGACCACACCUACAGUAACCCUAAGAGAGUCUCCUAGAGGAAACGAUUUUAAAGAUUUUUUUUUUCCUUCACUAUUUUGCCUCACCGCAGGGGUUUGAGAAACUAUUACUAUGAGCGCCUGCCAAUGAUACUUGUACAGUAGGUGUCUGUACCCCGGGAAAGGAGCUGUAGGGCGAAAACCAAACACGAGAGCCUGCUUGGAGGCUAAACAGAUGGCGGUGAGAGGUUUAAUAUGU